AGUGUGUGUGUGUGUGUGUGUGUGUGAGUGUGUGUGUGUGUGUGUGCUCUUUGGCUCUAUGGGCAGGUUCAGAGGUCACUGUCAGUGCUGUCAGUGUGUGUGUGUGUGUGAGGGUGUGUGUUUGUGUGUGAGUGUGUGUGUGUGUGUGCUCUUUGGCUCUAUGGGCAGGUUCAGAGGUCACUGUCAGUGCUGUCAGUGUGUGUGAGUGUGUGUGUGUGUGUGCUCUUUGGCUCUAUGGGCAGGUUCAGAGGUCACUGUCAGUGCUGUCAGUGUGUGUGUGUGUGUGUGUGUGUGUGUGUACUGAUGUGGCAGUGUGUACUUUGAGACCGGAACUACAAGCAGAGUUUGCUCAACUGUGAUUGUGAACAUUCGGCUUCUGCUCCCUCUAAUACAGUCUCUGCUCCAGUGUGUGUUUGUUAAUGCAGACUAAUCUGCGGUCAUUGUUCUGUGUUUCUGUUGGUGUCAUUUACAGCUCACGAUCAAGAAGGAGAACCUCUACAGCAGAAGUGUGCCUCUCUAGUGUGAGCAGCCUCCUUCAGCACUAAUCCAGUGAUGGAGUCCAGGGGGCAUGGCUGGUAUGGACCUGGCCCUCAGUACCACCCCUCAGCCCAGCCGCCGCGCCACAGAGACAGAGACGACUAUUAUAGACCACAUCACCCUGGACAGGGGCACUACCCCCCUCCGGACCCCAGAGAAAGAGAGAGAGAGAGACAGUGGUACUCUCCAGACCCUCGUUACAGGCAGUAUUUGACCAGUCCUCCCCCGAGACCGGAGUUUAUGCCUGGCUACAGCAGCACCCCACAGUCAAACCAGAGCUAUGGACCGAACCGUGCUCGUCCACUGUCCAGACAGGCAUAUGAUUAUCCUCCCCAGAGCUAUUGGGACUACAGGGACGACUACGGCUAUUAUGAUCACGGCUAUUACAGAGGACAUUAUGGAUACCCAGUCACCUCAGAGGCCGGUGGAUGGCCAGCGCAGGAUGGCUGGCGGUCAGAGGCGUAUCAGAGCAGGGGGACAGAGCAGGAAUGGACAGGAGCCACAUAUUCAGACCAGCAAGGGUACGGCCCCAGAAGAGACAGCGUUCCGUAUGAUGGUGGUGUUUCUGGGAUGGAGCGCAGGGAAAGCAUGGAGAAUGGAAAAGGAGCUGGAGAGGCGUGUGAACCUGGAGCUCUGGCCAGUUCCAAAACCUCCGGCCUGUCGUCCAGCAGCUACGAACUCAGUCAGUACAUGAAUGGAGCGGAGCAGUCAGACGCUGCACCUCCACCUCUCUCAGAACCUGAGGUUGAGUCUAAAGCUUUUGCCCCGCUGAAGUUUUGUGUUCCUCACGUGGCUGUGAGCUUCGGGCCGGCGGGGCAGCUGGUCAGGGUCAGUCCAGCCCUGCCCUCUCAUGGUGAACCGGCUCAGGUGGAGCUUCACAGUCUGGAGGUUAUUCUGAGUGACACACGUGAACAGCAUGAUAUGAGAGACUUUCCUGGGCCGCUGGCGAGGGAGGAUUUGCAUAAGGUAGAUGUCAUUAACUUCGCCCUGCAGAUGGCUGAUGCUUGUCUGAAGGAUAGAGCGCUGUCUGAUGCUUCCUCUGCUGCCCUCCUGUGGCAUCUGCUGGUAUUACUGUGCAGACAGAAUGGGAGAAUCGUGGGUUCGGACAUUGCUGAGCUGCUGGUGCGGGGCAGCGAGUCUUCACGUGGAGUGUGUGAAGGGGACGGUGAGCGGUCAGACAUUGCGAGCCUGAUUGAUCUGAGCGAAACUCCGACUCAAGAAAUGGAAAGACUGAACACUUCAGACCUGCUGACCGGAAACCCCCUCACUGAGGAACAGACCUCUGAACAAAACCUUCAGAACUACACCAAACUCCUGCUGGCUGGCAGGAAAAAGGAAGCGUUGGAGUUGGCCAUGCGGAGCGGCCUGUGGGGUCACGCCCUCUUUCUGGCCAGCAAGAUGGACGGCAGGGCCUAUACCACAGUUCUGAGCAGGUUUACAGGCAGUCUGGCACCCAGUGAUCCGCUACAAACACUCUUCCAGUUGCUCUCUGGCAGGAUCCCAACUGUUGCCACGUGCUAUAGUAGAGAAAAGUGGGGAGACUGGAGGCCUCAUCUAGCUGUCAUGCUGUCCAAUGAGACUGAAGACUCUGAUAUGCACUGCAAGUCCAUCGUUUGUAUGGGUGAUAUGUUAGCCUCCAGAGGCCUGCUGCAUGCAGCUCAUAUCUGCUACCUCACAGCUCACUCCCCCUUUGGCUGGUACACAAACAAGGCCCAACGUUUGGUGCUUCUGGGCAGCAGUCAUAGUGUUUCCUUUCCAAAGUUCUGCCAGAAUUCGGUGAUCCGCUGCACUGAAGUGUUUGAAUACUGCCAGAGGCUUGGAGACCCGUCUUUCACAAUCCCUUCUUUUCAGGUGUAUAAGUUCCUGUAUGCCUGUCGGCUGCUGGACUGUGGUUUAGCCUCACAGGCCUUUCAUUACUGUGAGGUCGUAGCAAAAUCUCUGCUCAGGAUACAGGAGCCACAUGUAAUACUGCUAGGGGAGGUUAUCAAGUUAAUAGACAGACUUAAACACUCAGAAGCUCAGUUCAGUGAGACAGGAGCUGAUCUGACCUGGCUAGACCUGCUGCGACGGCGGCUCCAGGACAUACAGAUGGGGAACUCUGGCUGUAGUGGUGCGUAUCUGUCAGCAGCUGAAGACAGUGCUUGGACUCAUGAGGAGAGCAGAGAGCAUGCAGAUUUUAACCCAGACGACUUGAGCAACAGUGAGGAGAUGAUCCAGCAUUUCCCUCCAGACGCCAGUCACAGUGGUGCAGUACAGGAGCACUAUGAGUACUAUGAGUCUGCAGCUCAACAACCUCAUUCCUUUAUCCCUUCAGAAGAGCAGUCUUACCCCUCUUACACCUCAGAAGAACACUCUUACCCACCAGAAGCCCAACCAUAUGCUCCUGAAGAGCAGCUUCCCCAGACCUAUGCUCCAGUUCCCAUGUACUCCCUGCAGAAUACUUUGGCAGCACCUCCAAGCCAGCCUUUGGGCAUGCCUGGGCUUCCCCCAGUGCCUGCUGGCCAGGAUGGCGCUAAUCAGUCUUCAUACCAUCACACUGCUGCCGGUCUGAUUCCAAGGAGCCGCAGUAAUACAGGUGUUGAAUUCUCCACUGAUACAAACAUGAUGGAGACCCAUGAAAAUGGAACCACUCUUGGUGGUGACGAUCUGGAUACGGCUUCCCCACCUGAGGCUAAUACAAAAGAAACAACCAGCCAGAAAUCAGAAAAGAGCUCCAAGUCAGGAUGGUUUAGUGGAUGGUUCAGGUCUAAGCCUAAAGAACCACCUCAAGAGGAAAUCACGCAAGACGAACCUGCUCACAUGGAGCCAACACCCACUCCUGCUUCCCCACCCUUGAUGCCACCUAUGCCUAUGGCUUCACCCAUUCUGGUAUCGCAGCCUCAAGCAGCCGGCAUCAAUCCUUUCUCUAGGAGAGCUGGACAAAAGCCAGGUGCUACUUCUGGGUCCAUGACACAGGGUCCCUAGCGCAGUUCCACAGUUAAGACUGUCCUCUGGAUGAGGGAUAAACAGCUGGACAAAAGAAUCUCAGGAUUGAACACCAGACCCAGGAGGCAAUUCAUCACUCACAGUGUUUUUUUUAUUUUACUUUUUUUGUUUGAGAGACAAAAAUGAUAUAUUUAUAUCAUGUGAGGUGCUGCAGGAGUUCAUUUGCGACACUGAGGGCCUGAACAUUUAAGGACUUGGGCUUCCCCGUCUUUCACUGAAGAAACAGAACAGCUGAGAUGUGGCAGCUGGAGCUGACUGUGGAGAUUUGCACUGGGACACACGAAGUCAGGAAGUUAGGGAGGGUCUGGCGGAGGUGGUCUGGCGGCAGGGGGUGGGGGGUGUCGCGGGGCCACAGGGAGACCUGAUAUGUCACAACAGCCUCGGUUUCGUCCCAUCAGCUACAGCCCUGAUUACCAGGAGUUCCAGUAAGGUGGAACUGAGCGGGAACUGUGUGUAUGCUCCAUCUUUAAUUCUGGAAAACUCAAAUUUUCAAAAAUUUCCAGUUUUUCCAAUAUUAAGAAUUGUUCAACAUGAAGUGUUACCCAAAGAAUUUGUAUUCUACCAAAUGACCCUAUGACAGGGUUGCCUUUUUCCCAGUCGGAGCCGCUGGGAAUCAUCCAUUAAAAGCCAAAGCGUUGCUCUUUUUGGGCAUCUUUACUUUUAAAGUAAAGACUAAAUGACUGUAAAUUGGUCAAUUCCAAAUGAGUUUUAUAUACAUACAUGGAUUUUUAAAACUUGGAGGGGACAAGUAAGCGAUUUAUGCUCUGUAGGAAUUGAGGAAAUGGUCAGGGUGGUCAGCUAAUUCUCCUGAGAGAGAGUGUUGACCCCAGGAAGAUCAUUCUGCCAGUAAAAGCAUAGAGACACUAGAGAAACGGAGGUGGACAGCUGUGAUUGAUGGGGCAGCCUAAAAUAAAUGCCAGGCAGACAGCGUGUCAAAAUUUCAGCUAUUUAGGUUAUUUUGAACAACAUAAAAGUCAUCAUUUUGAUAGCUUUGUAAAUAGCAUUUUGUAAACAUGCUGUCUGCCUCCCUUCUAUGCAGUUAAUCAGCUGCUUUAUUACAUGCUAGAUUAUUUAAUUCUCAAAGGUUAUUGUAUUUUGUACGUUUGUAUGAAUUUGUAAACUGCUUAAGAUGCUAAUCCAUGUAAUAGAUUAUGUAAUAUGACAGUAUUGUAUAUCAGCCUUAUUUGCACUCGAACACUUAAUGUAUCGCUGAAUUAGCAGCGUCCACUAGCAGCCGUCUGCCAAAGAAGUAAAUAAAGGGAAAUGACUUCAAUGCAA